UAACAGACAACAACCCAUAAAGCUGCUUCUCCCUCUAUGCCCUGCAUUUAAUUCCUCAAUCUUCCCCUGCUUUUCCAUUUUUCCUAAUAAUCCAAUCUUUAAGAGUAGAGAGCAUUUUUUUCCAGAACUCACAAAUGGGUUGCUCUGCAUCUCGUUCCAACACUCUUCUCACUUCACACAAUGCAGACCACCAAGAUAAUACUACAAAUAAGCCCACUAAUCUUUCAUCUUCUUCUUCUUCAAGCUCAUCUUCUUUUUCAAACUCUGAUUCUUUUUUUUACCAAAAGACCCCUAUUUCAAGAACUAUUUCCAUGCCCACCCCACUGGUUCACCACCCUCCUCUUCGAAAAGGGGACACAAAUCACUUGGUUUCACUCACUUCUACUACUUAUGGGUCAUUAGUUCUUGCUGACCCGGUACCCGACCCGGCUGACCCGGAUUGUGACCCGUCUUCUUCUCCGGGCUCUGUUAUCAACACUUGGGAGCUAAUGGAAGGGCUAGAUGAGUUGGAUAUUGAUGGGCCUCAAAACCCAAAAGGGAAUUCUGGUAGGAAUGGUGAAAUGGGUUUGUUUCCUGCCGGGUCGGACUUUUUGAAUUCGUGUGAGGUGGUGGAGCAUAAGGAUUCUAAGCCAUUGUGGAAGCAUUUGUCUGAGGAAUCAAUGUUGGCUAAAUUGGACCCGAAUGUGGUUUCGAGUUAUAGAAGAGCUUUGGUUUCGAGGCAAUUGGGUUAUUCUAAAGAUUCAAGCUUUACUAAAGACUCAAGUUUUAUUAAAGAUUCAAGCUUUACUAAAGACUUGAGUUUCACUAAAAAUUCAAGCUUUAAAGAAAUUAUAGAAGUAGAUGUGAAACCAGCUAGAUUAGUAGUGAGCAAGUCAUUGUUAUAUUUAUCUGGUUGUGAAGAUAAAAUUGUGUUGUAUUUUACUAGUCUAAGAGGAAUUAGAAAGACUUAUGAAGAUUGUUGUCAAGUAAGAAUGAUUUUGAAGGGCUUUAAGGUAUUUGUAGAUGAAAGGGAUAUUUCGAUGGAUUCGGAAUAUAAGAAGGAAUUGGAAAAUUUGUUUGAUGGCAAGAAGGGGUUUGGCUUGCCUAAAGUGUUUAUUCGGGGGAAGUGCAUUGGUGGUGCUGAGGAGAUUAAGCAACUUCAUGAAGAUGGUGAAUUGGGAAAACUUCUGGAAGGUUUUCCGGUUAAGGAUCCAGGGUUGGUUUGUGAUGGCUGUGGGGAUGCAAGGUUUGUAUUAUGUCCUGAUUGUAAUGGCAGUCGAAAGGUGUUUGAAGAAAACGGAGAAUUGAGAAGAUGCCCAGGUUGCAAUGAGAAUGGAUUGAUUCGAUGCCCAGGUUGCUGUUCUUGACUACUACUUUCUAAGUAGUGAGAUGCAUACCUUUAGCAAAGCCACCCACAGAAAGAAGUUUCUACUAUCGCUUUGUAUCCUGGGGGCAUGGGGGCAUUGUAGCAUACUGAUACUUUUUUUUUUUUUUUUGGACGAAAGAUACUUCUUUUAGUAUAGGUGUAUGAGCGGG